AGAAUAAUUUAAUUUCAAUGUACAAUAUUUGGAUGAAGAAAAGAAUAACAAGGUAUGAAUUGAAAAUCUACAUGUUGGAAUGAGAAGACUCAUUUCUAUAAAUAUUUAAUUUUUUAAUAUUUAUAACCUAUACAUUCAUUGAAACCUUAAUAUAAUCCCCACAGAAUUUCUCAGGGAAUGGCAGCAAAAAAUAAAAAGAUAUUACAGUUCUUAUAGAAGAAUGUAGUAUAUAACUAUAUAGACUGUGUCUGUAACUAUAACCACGUACUGCCAGGGAUCAACCCGGGUCGUCUGUAUAGCCCUGCUCCACCUCUCCAGCCUAUAUUUGCCUUUUAAAUCUAUCGUUGUGUUUUUGUGAUCUAUCCGUGUUAAUAUUUUGAUCCUUCCAUUGAUCUUCCCCCGUCAUUCUAGCUGCAGUGCGGUAUUUCCAUCGACCCCGAAGCUUCUGCGAGUCGCGCACCGCCCAGGUUUAAUGCGAGGCUCUUCCCCACGCCGCCGCCCCGCCGAGGCCGGCAAAUCCCUAGCUCUGCUCUGAAAGUGUUUCAGCCUCAUUUGCUCUAAAUGUCAGCUGGUUCCCAGGGUUAAUAGAGGGUGCAGAGGCCGCGGAGACGGCUGGGGGAACGCACGAGUGCCCUAUGCUUGGGAUACCCGGGCUCCCGCCCCUCGGUGCUCCCUGAGCACUGCCAGCAGCGACCCCCAGCACUGUGCGGGGAAAGCCCCCUAGCAUGGCCACAAGGGGGCCCCUAGCAAAGCAAAACGAGACAAAACAGAUUGCUGCCUCGGGCUGGGAACUGAAGCAUGUCUUACGUUUCAUCUUUUUCCCCUUUGGGCCACACCCGGCAGUGCUCAGGGAUUACUCCUGGCUCCGUGCUCAGGAGUCACUCGUGGCGAUGCACGGGGGACCAUGUGGGGCGCCGCGGAUGGAACCUGGGAGGGCUCUUUCAAGGCAAGCGCCCUACCCGCCGUACUAGCGCCCCGGCCCCAUUGGGUUUCACUUUUCUAUUGGGCUUAGGUGUGCAUUUUUGUCUGUCUUAAUGAUAUGUUUAUAUGUGAGAUAAAAAUAAGAUCAUUAAUAAUGAGGCACGCCUUCUCCAUCACUCUAGGAUGGAGUUUCAACAUUCAGGCAGGUAUCCAAAUCCCUUUGUUGCCUUGGGACCCUUCCCCACAGGCACUCACUUCAGGGCGGGGGUUGGGGGGGCAAGGUACUGACACCUCCUCCGGGAAGCCCUCAGGAAGAAGCGACGUGAGCGCAUGCGCUCUGCCCUGGCCUGGACGCAAGCACGAAGCACGUCAGGUCCCGCCCUGCCCUGCGUAGCUUCAUCACCCUUCGUCCGCCCCUGUUUUCUGCCCCCAUCUCCGCCCCCACGUGCUCCAGGCCUCAUCUCCAGGGUGAGGGUGUGUGUGGGCGGGCAGCUGGUGGGGUGCGGGCUGGGUUCCUCUGGCCAGCCGAGAGCCCUGCUAGCAGAGGAGUGUGAGGUGGGGGUCCAAGGGAGGGGGGGCGUGGGGACCCCAUUAUUGCCUGCUGGGUGGACACGGGAAGAAAAUCCUGGUUCUAAGCCCUGACCUUGGCGGUCCCCUAAAGACUCUGGGCAGGAAACGGGGAGGAAAACCCAGUUCCUGCACCCCUGAGGCCCCGAGGGUCUCUGCAGCAGCUGCGGGUGGAGGGGGCACAUUCCCAGCCCCAGUGCAGCAGCCCCCACCCCUGCACCCAGCAGCCUCGGCCUCAGGGGCUGGCAGGGCCUGGGGUCGUGCCCUGAGGGAGGCUCUCCCCAGUUCCCAGUGGCUGGGAGAGGGUCCCCGGGGUCCUGGGAGUGACUCGAGCUCUGUCUCCCCUCAGGCCAUGUCUCGAGAGGCAGCUGCAGAGGCCUCGGGCACAGUGGACACCGUUCUCAGCCCCUCAUACUACUCUUUGUCUAGCGUGGAGGUGGAGGGCCAAGGCAGCCUCCUGUCCUGGCUGGUCCCGGAGCUGCCAGGGGCUGGCUGGGAGACUGGAGUCUGCGCAGGAGAGGCCCACCCGGGGGCCUGCCCCCAGCCUGCGGGUGCUGCUGCCCUCAGCCCAGACACCGAGGCCCACUUGGCGCAAGCCCCAGGGCUGGGCCAGGAGCGGCAGCCCAGCCCCAAAGCCACCCCCGUCGUGCCCGUCUCUGCUCAGGGGCGGACUCGGUCCAGCAGGAGGCUCCAGAAUUCUCUGCCCCGUGUCUUAGCCAGAGGCCGGCCCAGCACCCAGUGCAUUGUUUGCCGAGAUCUCCCACAGGGAGCCCGGGAGCUCCCCAAAGCUGUGGACCCCAGGCCUGGAGACGUGGGGGAAGGUGGGAGGGGUGCUGCAGGGUGGAAUGGGAUGAGUCCCUCCUUCAGCAAAAAGGGGUCCCCCAGAAGGUCCCCAUCGCACUCACCGGGCCCGGCCCCUGUCAGGGCACAGAAGGAAAGAGGGAGACAUGAGUGCUCAGGACAGGGCAAGGAGGCGGCUGGUGGCUUCUUGUGGCUUGGUGGGGACACCACCCCCAGUGAGUCCUUGGGAAGGCCCCGUGGGCCUCCCUCUCCCGGGAGCACUGGGUCUGGGCCUGGAGGUUUGGGUGGCAGUUGGAUGGAGUGGGUCUUGGGGACUGCUGAGGUGGAGGGUUUCGCCCCCAGAGGGGAUGGGGCCCGAACAGACAGCCCCUAUGACGCUGCUGGGUCCCUGCGGUCAGUUGGAGGCGAGCCCCCAGGAGAGGCUACCCAAGGGCCUCCUCAGAGCCCUGACCCGUGCCUGGAUGGGCCCAGAAAGGCUUGCACGGAGCAGCGAGGAUCUGGGCACGGGGUCCCAGCAGAUGCUGAUGAAGGCUGUGUCACCCCACUGUCCCCAGGGGAGCAGGAAGAGCAGGCUCAGGCCGUGUGCAGGGGCAGGCCUGAGCAAGGCCUCGAUUCUGCUCGCACCUCGGCUCACUGCCCAGAGCCUGCGACCAGCAAGGCUCCCUCAGGACCAGCCACAGGACAGAGAGCAGCCCACAGUGCCGAGACGUGGGGGAGGAGCCCAGAGCUUCAUGCCCGGUACCAGGGCACAGGCAGAAUCUCAGAUGACGCAUCCCCAGAGCAUCCAGAGCAUCGCAGUGCACACAGCUGCUCCCCACCGGAGGAAAUGAAAAUGCCCUGUGGGGCGAAAUGGCUGCAGGGCCGGUGA